AUGGCAUUUUCUCUCUCGCACGACUACCUGCAAUUCCUGCGGAUGCCGAAUGAUCCCGAGGAUUACUGCAGGCUGAAUUCGCCCGAUGAGCUCCCACCUUCGCUUCCGCCUCCCCUUGCCCCUCCGGGUCCGGAGCAGGGCCAGUUGAUGAGUUUCAGUAGCCCUUGUGGAGACACGCAACGGUUACCGCAGUCGACCCAUCAAGGCCCAGGAUGGUCGGACAGUCUGGAGCCGCCGGCCAGCGAGGCCAAUGUUGGUUCUGACGGCAUCGCUCAUUUUCACCCACCCGGUCAGAUUGCUGAUCGAUCUUCCGUCGCACCGGCCGUCAAUGCCAACCGGAGCCUCUUGCCAGUCUGUGACUUCCCGAAACCCAGCAUAGGGCGGCGUGCACGUCGCCAAUACCGCUCUUGUGACCCCUGUCGCCUGGCAAAAAGGGCAUGCGACCUUCCGCCGGGGGUGGCCAUACAUGGCAACAAGCCUCCAAUGCCGUGUACCAUGUGCUCCGUGCGCAAUGCAGAAUGUACCGUGGCGUGGUUGGCCAGCAGGGAUGGCUCUUCUCGUCAUGCCCAGAAGCGACCAGGAAGCUCUUCUCGCUCUCUGACGACGCGGCGCACAGGGGACAGUGGUGAUGCUAACCUCCGUCAAAGGCAGAACGACGAUGGACUCUGGGUGCAUAGUGCAUCAUUGACCCCCAGCGCCGAAUGGGACCUGGCAAAGGGAUUGGUGGCAAGAGAACGAUGGUCACAGCAAUUGUAUCUCUAUAUUGAUAUCAUUGACAUGCCUCUUGCAGUUUGCCUUUCGCAGAGAUGCAUGCCCCCUUGUUACACUCUAGGAAUCACCGCUCUGGCGCCCCUGACCGAGAGUACGGUUGUUUCUCCAUACUUGGACCGGGCCCGAUCAAGGAUCACCACAUGCUGGGACAUGAAUGUGACGCCGUGGAUGCCAACGCCCCCAACACCCCAGCUUUUUCUCGCCGUGUCCGUACUCGAUGCGCUCUUUCAACACCCGGAAGACCAACAAAAGAGGAAUCUCCGAGAUGAAGCCAUUGCAGAAACGUACAAAUGGGUUGCCAUUGCCACAGCGACCCAAUUCACAACUCACAAAUAUGAUUGUGGAGAGACGGGCGAGACCCAUUCGCGAGCCAAAGAUCUCGCCAUUGUAACAUGGAAAAGGGCAAGAGAGAUGCUCUUCCAGAACAUUGGAGCGACCCGAUCGUUUCGCUUGGCGCUGUCACUCCUUCUUUUUGGGACAAUAUUGCCGCCUACGGGGCUGGAGCAGAGCAGUGCGUUUGCGGAAGACGCCGCUUACGCGGCCAGUGAGGGGGCUCAGCGCCUUCGAACACUCGGUGUUAAUGCCCGUCUGUAUCUCCAGAGCAGUUACGGAGGAGCAGAUGUUCCUCUCUUUUUCUCUAGUGUGGUAGACCCCCGCACUGGCAGGCCAGGAUCUCGCCCGGUGCAAGCGCUACCGUGCGAGGAGAAGCAAAACGUUUUAGAAUUGCUUGGUGCCAUUGAGUGGUUACUUUGUAUCUCCCAAUCAGCCACCAUUGUGACUUCCCGCGAGUGCAAGGGCCUGACGUGUCUCGAUAUUGACUCUGUCAGAAUCGACAAAUUACCCUUGCGGGGCCCGGAGCAGCCGCGCAACAUGGAUGAGAUGCAAACCAGGAGGCAUGAGAAAGAACUUGAAGAUGCCAUUCUCUCUCGUGCUCGAGCUCAGCAGGACACGGUAACAGGCCUAUGGCAGCAAGGUGUAUCGUACGAUCUCGUGGAUCAAGCUGUCAAUCAUUCAGGCUCAAUCGCCGUGCUCCUGUGGCGGUCACUGGCUCUGCUAACGCUAGCCUCGCAACGGCUGUUGACGGGCCUGGCCAGUUAUGCCGAGUUCCAGCGCUACUACAUCGCUACGACCACGAUCAUCAGCUCAUGGAGAUUGACUUUUGGUCAGAUUGACCGUUCCACAAUCAUGAAUCUCCAAUGGUCCCCGGCCGAGCUUCGGCGCAGUGUGCUCUUCUGCGCUACCGACGGCGAGCUGGCAAUCCUUGUAUUUGAUGAGCUUAUCCGCGAACUUGAUGCACAGCUCCCUGGGGAGUCAUGGCUGCCAGCCGAAGACAGCAUCCACACAGAUUUCAGAUAUACAAAGAUGUAUCGCCAAGAACAGCGGCUCAUGAGCGCAAUGCAUAUCGCCUACCUAGCAUCGACAAACGUUGGAAUCUCGAACCCGGACUCCCAACAGGGAUGUGGUUUGAAGGCAAACGUGCGAGACAUUAGUGCCCAUCCGCAACCGGCCCUUGUCAUAAGAGCCUAUACGCUUGCUGCCAAGACAUUUGCAGACGAAAUUCAGCGCUUGGUCGCCAAAGUGGAGAUGAAAGGCGUGCCCGAGCUGACGAAUAGCCUUUAUAGCUGCCUACAAGGACUCCAAGCGCUGGAAGAGGCUCUUGUUAUGUUUCCGGGCACAGUCCGUCAUGGUUUCAAAGCACCUUCGUAA